UGAGGGAGCAUGGUUAUGUUGCAGAUGUAAAUGGCGCAAAACGAAGUGAUUGUUAUAAGUGACGAGGAAGACUCUGUCAACCAAAAGACAUCGGAGAUAACAUCAAUUGUUAUCAGCGAUGGGGAAGAUGAAGUCGUCGAAUCAAUGAAAACGAGGGGCGAUGUCAUUGAAAGAAUCGUAAUAAGCAGUUCAGCUAAAUCUGAGCCCUGUCGUCCGUUAAAAAAAUUCAAAUUUAGCGAAAAUGGUGUUAAGAAGCUACAAGCUCAGGUAAAGCUCAUCGACAUUGGAAACUGGAAGAAACCACUGAAACUGAGUCCAGUGAAGAAGGAGACUGGCGAGGGAGUUGCAACCAGUUCAGCCGAAUGUGAGGAAACCAGUUCUUCGGUAGAUCAGGUCAAGACUGAAAAGGAUGACAAAAUUGUUGGGGAGUCACGAAUGAACCUCUUUGAGAAAUUCUGCUCUGAUAAAAAAGAAAUCACUGGCAAAAAACCUGUUAAAGUCAAUAAAAGUUUUGAUGGCUACAAACACAAGAAGUCUAAAAGCCCUUGUCAGUCUCCGUCUUCACUAAAGCAGGGAAAAAUUACUGCGGAGAGUUUCUCCCCAAAGAAGAGGCCUCCUUUACAUGGGAUUGUGAGAGAUGAAGAGCUUUUGCUUUACACAGUACCUUUACAUUGCACAGUUCCACUGAAAAAAUCAGAACUUGUGAGCAAACAAGAAGCAAGCUUGAGCAAAACCUUCACUGAGAACCAGUUGAAUUCACUGGAGGCUCUUAAAGAAGAGAAUUUCCACAAGACCUUCCUGACAACUGUCACAAGUUUUAUGAGUCCGUGUCGCAAGCCCCCUCCAUCUCUUUUAUUUUACCUGUUCAAGAAUAUCUUGCUCUCCAAGCAAAGUGGCUAUGGAACAGAAUGUUUUAGAAUUCUCCUACAGAUUCAAGAAUUGCAUCCUGCUCAGGCUGCACAGAUGUUACGGCUGAAAAUUACUUGGGAGUGUGUUUCCAUGAUAGUAAAACUAGCAGGAUGCUCACAGUUUCAUACAGUGGAAAGUUUCAAACAGAAUGCCUCCAUGGCUUUGUCUUUUCUCAUAAACGUCAUGGAAAAGGAAGUGGAGAAAAAGAAAUUCAGCCUUGUCAAGACAAAUGCACACCAAUUUUUCUCAGUGGAUAGAUCUUCAGGUAACAUUCAUGAUGUUGUAGAGUGGAUUCAAAAGGCUACAGAACAACACUGUGUUGAACGAUUGGACCAACAUUGUGGGCAUAAUUUCUGUCCUCUAUAUUUAUUACAGAGAAUGCUUCAGUUGUCAAUGUUAGUCAGUCAAAGACCAGAGGACACUGCUGUAAGACUAGCAAAUGAUUUAGUCCUGGCUUAUGUAGAGUUACCAUCUGUCAAGUACAAAACAUUACUGCUUCAGUCAAUACAGUCGCAUUUUUUGAAGACAAAGCUGAUUGAAGUUGUAAUGAAAAACUGUUGUGCUAUUGAUAAUGAGUCAGGGGCAGAAAUAACAACUAGUUUUGGAUUGAAAUAUGUUGUCUUUAACUUCAAAAGAUCUCCACCCCUCUCUAAUGGCAUUGUUAGCACUACAAACUGUGAAGAAUUUGUUAUGCUGCUUGCGUAUUGGUUGCAAAGCUUUAUUUUCUGUCGAAAGAGGACUCUGAUGGCAAAAGGGAAAGAUUCACAGCGAGUUAUGUCCCAAGAUGAUAUAGAGGUACUGAGAGAAAUUGAACAGGAAGUGUUAAUGUUGACAGGUCGUUUAGAGGCGUUAUGUGGUUCGUCACUCUCCCCAAGAAGCUACCAGUUAUUGCAAUUAAUUGUGUCCCUAAAGAGUUUUGCAGAAAUUCUGUAGAUGAUGGUUCUGCAAACUGUACAGUGAACAGAAUACCACUUAUUUUGUCAAGUAACAAGGGUGAUUGAAACGGUUUUGUUGUACUCAAGUACACUGGUCUGUAUUUACAGUUGAGAGAAAAUCUCACACAAAUCAUGAUGUCCUGUGCUUCUGUUGGAAACUGAAAGGAGCUGGGUGAAGAUGGAGUCAGGUUGCUGUGGAAAAGUGAAGGAUUGUGCACAUGUAGUGUGAAGUAAUUAAUUGAUAUAUAUAUAUAUAUAUAUAUAUAUAUAUAUGUAUAUCACAAUUUUUGGCAGAUAGCAUUUUAUUAAUAAAUUCCAUUCAUAUCCAGAUUACAUUCUGAUAGUAAGUUUGUUCCUAACUAUUUAAUAUCUGAAUUAUGCAUGGAUUUAUGCAUGUCGUGUGAAGAUCCAGAUUUAGAGAAACCCAGGGUAUUACCUUUUCUUAGCCACUGGAAAAAAAAUCCCAGAUAUGAAAACAACCUAAAAAAAGUGGGCAUAAGAGGCCUUCAAUUAUUUGAUUUUUUUCAUGUUGAUUAGAGUUGAAUAUUGUGCAUGGAGCCAAUCCUAUCAUGAUUUUCAUCUACUACAUGUAUGUUCUGUAUGACCAUGACACAACACAGCUUUGAAAAAUACUGUAGGUUACACCUACAAAAAUGACCUUUUACAGUUACUACCAGUAUGUAUUAUUCCUUCUUCCUUCCCACUCAACCCUUAAAUUACCAGGAGUGACUAAGACACAAAUUCUCCUUACAAUAUCAAUACAAUUUCAAGUAGACAAGUGAUGAGAAUAUAGAAAAAUAUGUAUUAGGGGAUUAUUGGGUAAUCAAGAAAUUAUAUAGUAUACAGUAAGGAGGGUUACUGAUGUCAAAGUGGAAAUAUAAGGGAGUCAGAGUUGAACUUAUCAUAACUGAUCAUUUUCAAUUGCCUAUUUUGAGUGAAAAACUUUCAGUCUGUUUCUCAUUUUCUUGGGAAUCUAUGCUUAGCUGAUCAGACCUAUUUGGUGUGUAGUAUUACUUAUCAUUAUCCAACUGUAGAGUACAGAUAACACUCAAAUCAAGUUCAAAUAUCCUGCAAUAUGAUACAGUUGGUUGUGUUUUACUAUAUGCCUAGAAGUGUUAUUCUGUUGGUUAUGUUAGAGAAUUAAAAUAAUUAAAUUUUAAUAGUAUUUAAGUUAGAGAGGGAGAGGACUGUAUGUGAAAGUUAGAACUUAUUUAUUUAUAAGGUUGUAUAUAUGCUACAUUGGAGAGAAUACUGUUUCUCCAAUAUGUAAUAAGGAUAGAACAUAAAGAUUUUUUUUUAAUUAUUUUAAUAAAGAAAGUAUUAAAUUGUAA